AUGGCAUUAAAUCUCUGUUUGACUUUUCGUAUGUCACAGAGUCUGUUCCGAUCUUCACGCGGUGGAUAUGGAAAGAUUUUCUAUUCCAUCUGGGUUAUUUCGGAGCCUGUGGGAACGCGAUGCAGGGACAAGGGCCUUCUCAAGAAAACAAAUUAUAACUUGUCUCCGUUUAUCGAGAGGAGUGUGAAUACAACAAAACGGCUGAAUAAGAAAGAGAAGGCUCUCGCCCUUUUCGGUUUCUAUAACCCUGCAGUGGAUAACCUCGAGGUGAUGUUCCGUUACGGUAACAAAAUGCUUCAGAGAAUGCAUAUUGCAACACUAUGUAGAGACAAUGUGGUAGGUCCUGAAGUCAUUAAUGCUUGGGGAAUGUAUUUGAAUAGCAAUGAGGAGUUCAAGGCAGAUACAUUGCCAACAAGAUUCUUUGCUUCAGUCGAAAUUUGCUCGGAAUCGAUUCUGCAACCGCCAAGUAGUUGGACCUUCAAAAGACGCCGAGAUAUAUUUGUUAGACUUCUAUCGGAUGAACUAACCACGCCGCAGCUGUUAUUUGUAACAACCAUAGAUUUGUUCUUUUUCCCUGUUUUUAGAGUGAUGAAUUUUUUCCUGGUGUGCGUCGACCUAAAAAAAGAGAAGGUGUACGUCUUAGACAACAGGAAUGAGGCGCAAAUGCAUUGCCGAGCUGAAAAAUAUAUGUCUGCAAUUGAUGACGUGAAGCAAAUCCUUGGAGACUAUUUUGGCUCUAUGGGUCAUGUGCACAAGAGCACCAUUGUGAAACGCACAAGGAUGAUGAUACCACCGUUGAAAUAG